AUGAAGCUUCUUUUCCCCAAGAUCAAGAGUUAUCACCAAUUAGUGGCGGGGAUCCUUAUCCUCUGGGUUAUCACGUUUUUUAUCCACGAGAGAUUCCUUCCAUUUUACGUGGCCAACCGGUGCCAGUGGGACCAGUUGACGCUUUCGAAGCAGCCAGAACACCAUGGAUUCCACAAGCAACAUGAGCCCCAAGUAUUCGAAGGUAUAACCAAUAUUUUGUUCAUUGCCGACCCCCAGCUAAUUGAUAGUCAUACCUAUCCUGGAAGAAACCUGCUUUUGUUGAAGCUCUCUCAACAUACCGUUGAUACGUAUAUCAAGAAGAACUACCGGUCAUUUGUGCGCCACUUGGACCCCGACUAUAUCUUCUUCUUGGGAGAUUACCUUGAUAAUGGCCGGUCCAGUGGUGAUAAGUACUUCAACCAACAGUUCCGUCGGUUCAAAAACAUUUUUCCCCAUAAAAAGUACGGGUUCAAGAAGGACAGAAACUUCUUCAUUAACGUGCCUGGUAACCACGAUAUCGGGAUUGGAGAUGCUGUCAAGUUAGAAAGUCGCAAGCGGUUUUCCAAGAAGUUUGGAAGACUUAACACCAUCACCACCAUCAACGACGUGGACUUCAUCGCGCUCGACACCCCUUCGUUGAUGUCUGACAAUGGUGAGAUCAACGGUGAUGCCCGGGCUUUCAUCGAUAAGCAGUUUGGUCGGACCAUCUCAAAGGAGAAUCCUCGGGUGUUACUUUCACAUGUUCCAUUGUAUAGAGAUCCCAGCGAGAAGCCAUGCGGGCCUCUUCGUGAGAGCCCAACGUUCCGUCUUUCCAAGGGGUACCAAUACCAGCUGGUGGUGGAUGCCGGGCUUUCGUCGGAGAUUUUAGACCUAAUCCAACCCGAUUUGGUAUUUAGUGGAGACGACCACGAUUACUGCGAUAUUCAACAUAGCGAGUCUACCAGAGAGGUCACCGUAAAGUCCAUCAGUAUGGCCAUGGGAAUAUGGAGGCCGGGUGUCCAGCUUUUAUCGUUUGUAAACGCUGAUGAAGAGUUCCAGUACAAAACCCACAUGUGCUACCUUCCACGCCCUUACUACAAUAUUGCCCAUUAUGUGUUUAUGGCGGCGGUGAGUGGCUUGGUCUUGCUUUACUGGAACUCGAGCCAGUCGGCCAUAGUUGGCUACACGAUGUUACCGUUACACAACAUGAAUUCGAAGAAGCUCUCCGAUUUUAUUCAAGACCAAGACAAUGAGAACGCGGCCGGCCUGUCGCCCUACAUAAUGCCUCUCCCCAGUUACACAAACACCAAGGAGUCACCACGGACGCUCCAACUGAGAAUACGACAACUGUUUGACAGCUGGGGCUUAAUUCGCAAACGAUUUCAUGCGAUCGCCUUUGCUCGUCAAGCAGGCCUGGUAAGCGCUUUAGUGGUAGCUAUUUACGUGAUAUUUUGCAAGACAAUUUAAAGAUCCAAGGGGGGCUGUGGGGUUAUGAAGACUCCAGGACGGGGUUCCUUGUUCUCUUACUGAUGCUGCUAUUAUUGUUCCACUUGCAGCCUUUCUCCUGCAGGAUUCGCGAGGAUGUGUGAAAGAAUGUGAGGCUCAUUAUGAUUCCUG